UAUCACCUAACAUUUACCCUCUGAGAAUUCUGAAAUAUGAGUUAUAUUAUAUAGUUCUGAUUAUAUUAUUUCAGUUUUUUUUUUUUUGGUAAUAAAUGGAAUGAAAAUUACAAGAAAAAAAAUGGAUGUAGUAACAUUCGGUGUAAUCGUGGGAAUAAUUAUACUCUUCUUCUGCGCCGUUUGUAUAAUCACAAUUGAAGGCACCUGCAAAAACCGCUCUUAAUUCCUCUGAUUGUUUCAAAUCCCAAUUUAAUGUUCUUCAUCCACUUCCACAUUAGCUCUCCCCACUCUAAAUUCGCUUCCUAAAAUUAGAUUUUUUUUUGAGGGGUUCAAAUUUAAUUUUCCCAAGUGGCGAAGUCGUCUACUCCGCCGUACUCAUCUUAGAAGGAGAAGCAGAAAUGGCGGUUGCUCUAAGACAGAUCUGCCCCGGUUUACUGUUUGUCUUACUGCUGAUUUCUGGAUUGUGUGUGUCGGCGGUCCACGGGCAUUCUUCGCCGGAACAGUGUAGCCACGGACACGACCAUCACCACGGCGAUGCUGACCAUGGACACGCGUCUACUCACCAGUGUAGCCACGGCCACGAUCACGAUCACCACCACCACCAUAGCGGCGCUGAAGUGAAUAAAAGGAAGCUGCUUCCUGAGGAAUUGGCGGAAGAGGAAGAUCUAAAGCUGUACGGAUUUGGGACCCGCGAUGAACACCACCACCACCAUCAUGACCACGGGCAUGUUGAUUCUGAGUUCUCUGGUCUUGGGCUUUGGCUUCAUGCAAUGAGUUGCUCUCUAUUGGUGAGCUUGGCAUCCCUUGUUUGCCUGAUCAUAUUGCCUCUAAUAUUUUUGAAAGGAAGGCCAUCCAAAGCCAUUGUGGAUGCUCUGGCAUUAUUUGGGGCUGGAGCAAUGUUGGGUGAUGCUUUUCUUCAUCAACUACCCCAUGCUUUUGGUGACAAUCACUCUCAUUCAGAAAGCCAUGCGGUCCAUUCUCAUGAUCAUGACCAUGUUGGACAUUCACAUUCUCAUUCCUUGAAGGAUCUUUCUGUUGGAUUGUCCAUAUUGGCUGGAAUUGUGCUUUUUCUUAUUGUUGAGAAGCUUGUGAGGUACGUUGAAGAAUUGUCUGGAGGAGUUAAUGCAUGGGGUCAUGGUCAUCAUCAUCAUCAUCACAGUCACAGUAAGAAAUUAAAGGAUGAUAACAAUCCUGAUAAUGAUCUUCAGGGCCUGACUCAUGAGAAAACUGGAAGCUUACCAGAAAAGGAAUCUGGUGGAAGUAAAAUUGAUGGUCAAUCUGCUGAGAUGCUUAAUGGGGAGAAGGGCAGCAAAAACGCUGUUCUCAGGAAGAGAAACAGUGGUGGUGAUGAUGGUAAACUUGAAACCAACGGAGAGGCUUUAAAUUCAUCCAAAGAUAGUGCUAAAUCCACCAAAGAAGGGCCUGCUAAAUCACAGUCAAGCCUGGUGUUUGGUUAUCUCAAUCUCUUCUCUGAUGGUGUUCAUAAUUUUACUGAUGGGAUGGCAUUAGGUAGUGCUUUCCUGCUUUAUGGAUCAGUUGGUGGGUGGUCAAGAACAUUGUUUCUGCUUGCUCAUGAGCUUCCUCAGGAGAUAGGUGACUUUGGAAUCUUGGUGAGGUCUGGUUUCAGUGUUUCGAAAGCAUUGUUUUUUAACUUCUUAUCGGCACUAAUGGCACUUGCAGGAACUGCACUGGCCUUGGUGCUAGGACAAGAUCCAGGGCAGUCAUCAUUGAUUGAGGGAUUCACAGCAGGUGGGUUUAUUUACGUUGCAGUUGCGGGAGUGCUGGCAGAAUCAAACAGCGGCAGCUCCUUAUCCGUUAAGAGUACGGUGAUUCAACUAAUCUCUUUGUCGUUAGGCAUGGCUGUGGCUCUUUCAAUAUCUCUUGUAGAAUAGAAUGAUGCUAUGAUAUGCUGUGUAGCACGUACGUCACGUCACGGUUGCAUUAAUGGCUUCUUUCUCCUAUGCUCAAUUUUCCAAUACGAAUUUGGUUGUCUGUACAAUGUGCACUUCCUGGCUUAUUAUCGUGCUUACAGUCUUAUUAUAUACAGUAGAAUGAAUACAUAACAUUGAAAGAAGGAACUUGUCCUUUGUCCAUGUUACCUGUGUUCCAAAUGAUGGCGGCUUCUAUAUGAUUAGUGAUUA